UUGUUCUGUCGGCGCGAAUAGCUCUAUCGUUUUUCCUAUUUUUCUGUAUCGGUUGAUCGUAGCUAACUCUACUUGCAACCAUGAAACUCGUAAGGUUUUUGAUGAAGCUCUCUCACGAGACAGUCACGAUUGAGCUGAAGAACGGGACAGUGGUUCACGGUACCAUUACUGGUGUGGACAUGAGCAUGAACACACAUCUCAAAACUGUCAAGAUGACCCUCAAGAACAGGGAGCCGAUGAAGCUGGAGACGCUGAGUAUCCGUGGUAACAACAUCCGCUACUUUAUCCUCCCUGACUCUCUUCCUCUCGACACCCUCCUUAUUGAUGAUAGGCCUAAGAAGACUGCUGGCUUCCGUGGAGGACGUGGAGGAAGGGGUAGAGGCGGUGGACGCGGAGGAAGAGGAAGCCGUGGAGGGCGUGGUGGCCGAGGUGGCGGCGAUCGCCGUGGUGGUGGUGGUGGUGGCCGUGGAGGCCGUGGAGGACGAGACUGAGACAAUAUCCGUGCACAUUUGGGAUUCCUCAUAUCUUAAUAUUAUUUUAUUUUAUUUAUUUUCCCAGAUUUAUACACGGUUCACAUGAACUCUUAUUUUUAUGAUUUUUAACCGAGUUCGGUCUUGUCGUGCAAAA